GCAUCGUACUUUGUUGUUCAUUGAGGAGUUGAGACUUCACGCCUGCAACAUGAAGUUCUACGCAAUCCUUGUUUUUGUGCUUGCUAUGUUCGCUAUGGCUUUUGCUCAUCCGAAUCCUGAGCCACGUCCCAUACCAGAGCCAUAUCCUGGCGGUGGCGGUGGCGGCGGCGGAGGUGGAGGCGGAGGAGGAGGUGGUGGUGGUGGUGGCGGAGGGGGCAAAUAGUGAACUGCGAAAAUUGAUAAAAUGACCUUUCUGCUUGCAAAUAUAUUUGGAGGAAGUUAAUUGUAUUAUUAUACUAUAUAAUAAAAAUUAAUAAUAAAACAUA